AUGUUUAGCACCACCAAGCUACAAAGGACGGCUCUCUUGCUCACUUCAUUUAUCGCCGUCCUCUCCCCGUCGCUGUCGGCUGUUGCCCUCGCUAAGCCAACGUGCUACUAUCCAGACGGAUCGAUUGCUCAAAAUGACAUGCCUUGCGGAAAUGGAACAGAUGUAGCAUGCUGCGGGGCAGGAGGUAUUUGCCUUUCAAAUGGUCUUUGUAUGGACGUGGGCCAGCCAAAUACGUUGGCUAGAUCAUCUUGUACAGACAAGUCAUGGAAUAGUAGAAAUUGUCCGAACUACUGCCUGCAGGAUACCAGUUUUAACCACAGUGGCUGCUCCAUAAUCCUCUUUUCAUAUCUGGAGGGGACCGCGGAGUAUUGCUGUAAUAAUAUGGACGCCAUCAACAACACGCCAAUCUGCGCCUUCAACUAUUCGACCUUUCAAGUUCCGGACUCGAGUAUCGUUCCUGGUUUCGCACUUCUGUCGGACUACACCACUAUCUCAAAUGCAUCGUCUUCAACAUCGUCAGGGAGUAACAAUAACCACGUUGUUGCCGUUGGGGUGGGCGUUGGAGUGGGCGUCGGCGUUCCCUUAGCCCUAAUCGCACUUGCUUCAAUCGGAUGGGCUCUCCGAGAGCGACGGAAAUCGAAUCGCUACGGUGUUGAGACUGUCGCAAGUGCGAAGACGUCCCCUUAUUCUGACGCAGGGCAUCAACAGCAGUCGUACAACAUGACACCCAUGAACCCCAAUACAUACGUCCAACCGCAGCAGACAUACAAUAAUCAAUACAACUCAGCCCCAUUAUCAGAGAUGGAAACGAGAGGUCCGGUGGAAUUAGAUUCCCGUAGGAAGUAAAAACGGUUGGGUUUUCUUCCAACGUCCUAAAGGGUGACGAGUUCAAAGAAGAAGUCUGAUCGAGAUUCUCAAUUUCAAUUACAUGAAGAGUGGGACCUUGGAAGCAAUCCACAACACGCAUGUUAUGAAAAUGACUUGAUAUCUUUCACAUAUGCAGACGUCCAGAUGCGAUAAGAUGACAUGGGAACAUGCCAUGUCAAUAUUGAAAGCAGUGUACAUAACUCCUUUGACUGUCGAAGCA